UUCACUGACUUUCAGUUCUUUAACCAAUACACUUUUAUCAAUUUGACGGUUUAAUUUUCUUAAAUAAAUAUUUGCAAGAUAGAAUUCGGAACUCACAGUUGCUAACUGUUCUGUUUUCAGAAAUUAAAGCUAAUACAUUGAUCAGAAAAGUUCCAUAAGAAUCACUUUUCGGUAGAUACACUUUUCAAAAGGAAGUAAGGAAUGAUAACAAAAAGCAGCGAAGAACAUCAAUUAACUCUAGACGUGUACCGUUUAAUUUAUUCAGCAAGGAGCUUGUGCGCCAAUUUGUCUUGUUCAUUGCUGUUUUUUUACCAGCUGCUUUGAAACUUUUUAAACAAACUGCAAUCGAAUCACGCACAGAGAAGAUCAUCAUCUAGCGUCAACUCCAGAGAACGACUGAUCAUCAAUAGCUAUGUCAAACUCGUCCGGAGAAGGAACCCUUGUGAACACAAAUCCCUUUGUAUCACCUAGCUUUGUUAAAUUAUUCUCAGCCAUUAACAUUUUUCUUUCCAUCACAGUAAUUCUAGGAAAUGUCCUCAUCCUUCUUGCUCUCCAUCGAGUGUCUUCUAUUUAUCCGCCGACAAAAUUCUUCUUCCGAUGUCUAGCUAUCACGGACCUAAGCGUCGGGCUAUUUACACAACCACUCUACAUAACCUACAAGAUCUCUUCGCUAGUAAACAUGGAAAGAACUACUUUUUACGGCAAGUAUCUUGAAGCAGUUCGCAUGGCUUCAAGUGCAGUUUUGUGUGGAUUAUCCGUUUUGGCGUCAACUGCCAUAAGUGUCGACAGACUUCUCGCCCUGUUGUUGAGGCUGAGAUACAGAUAUGUUGUAACCUUGAUGCGAGUUCGUCUCACAAUGCUUUGCUUUUUGAUCAUUUGUGCUUUAUUCGUCGUUAUUUGGGUUUGGGAAACGGAAGUUUUCUACAAGUUAUCCUCUAUUAUCAUAACGCUUUCGUUGGCAACUUCUAUUGCAUCUUACGUCAAGAUCCACUUGUCCAUACGACAUCAACAGGCACGAAUACAAAACCAUGUUCCCCAAGCAGAAUCGAGCACAGGAGCAAGUCCAUUCCACAUAAUAAGAUACAAAAAGACAGUGUCUAGUAUUUUGUGGGUACAACUGGCCUUAGUUGUGUGUUAUGUUCCCUAUGUUAUUGCGGCAGGGACUGGAGAAGACAACGGGCUAGCUUGGUUGGCUGUAACCACCCUCGUCUUUUUAAAUUCAUCUCUAAACCCGAUCUUGUACUGCUGGAGAAUCACAGAAGUGCGAAAAGCAGUGAAGGAUACAAUCAGGCAACGACACUGUUGUUAGGCAGAACUUCGUGGAUCGACAGUGAAUAUUCUUUAAACAGCGUGGAAUAGUAAAGGCCCUAAGUGCAUCAUAAUUGCUUUCAACUACGACAUUUUCAACCACUGUUGGUUGUUGCGGAGAAUUGUCUCUAAGUAAAAUAGAAUGCGUGAAUCGAGAGUUUCGUGUCACUCCUUAUGGAUCAGUCAGUAUUUUCAGCUCAACUAACUGCUAAUUUUUCCUAGCAACUACAAUAAUGUAUAGAACGCCCUCAAUUUUUUUCUUGAAAAGGUAAUCACUCACAAAAGAGCUUCGUCAACGAAAAUUUAUAAGGGAAUCAAAUCAGCUUAUGACCAAGAUACAGUUUUCUGUAAUUUGAAAAUGUCGAGAGAAUUCAAAGCUAACUCAGUUCACUGACGAACGAAAUUAAUUAAAUUGAAAAUGCUUCCAAAACCAUGAAA